AUGAGCUCCCUUCAAGCUCUUUUGACUUCUCCAGCCCUUCUCACCUACAUUGGCGGCUGGGGCAACCUAGGUUCUCAACCACAAAAAGGAGUGACGACCUAUGCUCUGUCCGCUAAUCGACAACGACCGCUCGCGGGCACUUUGAAUGCAGCUGUUUUCAACACGUGGCGAAGAUUCAAGGCGCAGGCACUUUAUGUUAUACCCCCGCUUGUAAUAGCAUACUCGGCUAUGAAUUGGGCAAUAGAGAAGAACGAACAUUAUAAUUCAAAACCAGGUAGAAUGGAAGAUGAGCAGGCGGCGAAAGAGGCCACGGCAGGUGGCUCUGUCAGAGGAUAG